AUGGCCGAAUCGUGGAACUGGACCCGGGACUCGAAGCUGUGCUUUGUCACUACGGGCGCCACAGCACCAUUUACAGCGCUUAUUGAAUCAGUGCUAAGCCCUUCAUCUAUACAAACCUUACGGAAAUGCGGCUUCACGCAUCUUCUAGUACAGUAUGGGUCUGCCAAGGAUGUCUAUGACAUUUGUUCCAGCGCCGCUCGUCUGCAUAUCCAAGACAAUAAACAGGAUGGAGAGAUAAUCAUUGAUGGUAUGGACUUUAACUCAGAAGGGCUACAAUCACAAUUCAAGCUGGUUCAGAAGUCGAAGGGCUUAGUUAUAUCGCAUGCUGGAUCUGGUUCUGUUCUAGAAGCUCUUCGAUACCAAAUUCCACUGAUUGUCGUGCCCAAUAUUGGGUUACUUGACAACCACCAAGAAGAGCUCGCCGUCGCAAUGGAGCGUAACCAAUACUUGCUUCGCGGCGAUGUGCAAGAUCUUGCGUCGGCCAUUAGAAAAUCCGAGGGCUUCCGGAUCAAAAUGUCCCAGUUCCCGCCUGUCACAAGCGGAGAGCAUCGCGAAACUAAGAGUUUUGCAGCUAUCAUGGACGAGACGAUGGGUUUCAUGGACUGA